CUUUUUCAUACUUUUCUCAGUCAGAUUCAUUCGUUUUGGAGGUAUUUCGAACAAAAAUGCGUUGAGUGAGCUUAAUUUCAUCAAUUUCCGAAGUGGCUUCUGAAGUAGCUAAACUGAACAGACUCAAAUCUGGUUAUUUAUUCGCGGAAACGAGUUUCACAUGUGUGAAACUCAAGAAGCUUACGUAUCCGUUGCCAAUGAUACACGCUGAUUUGAGACUGCCGAUCUGAGAUGCGUUUAUCAAAAGAGUUUGGACUGCUACUGCUUCUGAUAUUAUGGCGGUUAAUCAGCGUGAUUGUGGUGCGGACUGCUCAUGUGCCAGACGAGUACUGGCAGUCGCUGGAGGUGGCUCAUCGUUUGGCGUUCGGUUAUGGAUACCUCACAUGGGAAUGGACAACAAUGAUUCGUAGUUAUAUGUAUCCGUUUCUCAUAUCAAUCCUUUAUCGGAUACUUGCCAAAUUUUCCUUGGAUUACAUGCUGCUGUUGACAAUGCUGCCCCGCGUUUUUCAAGCUAUUCUCGUCGCCUAUGCAGAUUACAGAUUUUACCAAUGGACUCAAAACAAGUGGAUGCUCAUCUCCUUGUGCUUGAAUCCAUUCUGGUAUUAUUGUGCCACUAGGACACUGAUAAACUCAGUGGAAACUGCAUGUACUAUUAUAGCAUUAUCAAUUCAUCCAAUACUAGGGAGAGCAAUUUCCAUACUAAGUUUAAAAUAUAUGUGGAUCAUAGGUUUUCUCUGUAUGAUAAGACCCACCGCUGCAAUCAUGUGGCUUCCUUUGUGUUAUAUUCACGUUCAUUGUCUUCGUUAUAUUCGUCGCGAUGCAUUAAAAAAGAAAUUACUGCUUAGUCGAUGCAUUUUAAUAUGUUUUACUUGCGCCAUAAUUUCUAUAUUAGUAGAUUGUUACUGUUAUGGAAUGUUUGUUAUAACUCCUUGGAAAUUCUUCCACACGAACGUACUUAGGAAUGUUGGGAACACAUAUGGCAUCAAGCACUGGUUAUGGUAUAUUUAUACUGCUUUACCUGUGCUGCUUGGGUUGCAUUUCUUUCCAUUCCUGUUUGUUUUCUACUCAAUAUAUAAGCAACCUUUUUUCCUUGCUAAAGAAGGGGUUAUGCUAGGAAUAAUCUGUUGGACUUUACUCGUUUACUCGUCAUUGUCUCAUAAGGAAUUUCGAUUUAUCUUACCACUUUUGCCAUUGUUAAUAUGCACGAGUUUCGCUAGUCUUAAACAUUUGAAUAUUAACGCUAACGUACGUAAAAGGAUCAUAAUGAUGUUUAUGUGCAGUAAUAUCAUAAUUGGAUUGUUCAUUUCCAUGAUUCACCAACGUGGCACGCUAACGAUAAUGGCGAAUCUGCGAAACGAAAUUACUCGUACAAAUACUUCAUUGACGGAUACGCUGAUUUUGACUCCGUGCCACAGCACACCAUUGUAUAGUCAUUUACAUGUAAACAUAUCAAUAAGAUUUUUGACAUGCGAGCCUAAUUUGAGCAACACUGAAAACUACAUAGAUGAAGCCGAUCAGUUCUUUGCGAAUGCAACAGUCUGGCUCAGAGAUAAUUAUAUUAACAAUGCGAAAGUUAUGUUACCGACUUAUGUGAUAGUAUUUGAUAAAGUUGCGAGUGAAAUAUCUGAAUUUUUACGUACUUAUAAGUUAAUUGCUAAAGAAUUUUAUACAUACAGAUCACUAACGGUAGGGAAUUACGGAGAAAAUAUAUUAUUAUAUAAGCGUGUGUAA